AUGACAUGUGCCGGGUGGGAUAUUUGGAGAAAAACUGGUCAUCAGUUUCAUGUGAAACAUUGGGCCGGAAGCAAGUUGAAUGGAAUUGUGCUUGUCGACUUGCAGCCCAAUCGCUUCUGGCCCACCGUCCGCCAUGGCAACCAGACAUCCGGUGGAAUUGGUGGAUUGGCAAAAUGUUGCUACAAUCCGGUUGAGUCGAGUCUGUUUGCGGCCGACACCGGGUUCAUAUCGUUUUGUAGAAACUCUUGA